AUGUCGAUGUGGGCCGGCCAGUUCGACGCGGCUCCCAACGAGCUCGUCGCUGAGAUGGGCUCCUCCAUCCACUACGACAAGCGUCUCUACAAGCAUGACAUCCUGGGGUCCAAAGCCCACGCGCGCAUGCUAGCCAGGCAGCACAUCAUCCCCGAGUCUGACGCCACGGCCAUCGUUGAUGGCCUGGACCAAGUCCAGCGCGAGAUCGAACAAGGCCACUUCGAGUGGAAGCCCAUCCUGGAGGAUGUACACAUGAACAUUGAGAAGAGGCUCACUGACAUUAUUGGCGCCCCGGGCGCGAGGCUGCACUCGGGUCGCUCGCGGAACGACCAGGUUGCCACGGAUCUCCGCUUGUACUUGCGUGAUGAGGUAGAUUUCAUUCGUCAGCGCAUCGUCAACGUCCAGACCUCGUUGGUCACGCUGGCCAAGGACCAUACCAGUACCAUACUGCCAGGCUUUACCCAUUUGCAGCAUGCACAGCCAAUUGUACUCGCGCAUUACCUCCUGGCGUACUCGGAGAUGUUCGAAAGGGACUUGGGCCGGAUCAAGGAUUGGAAGGCCCGCAUGAAUUACUUGCCCCUCGGUUCGGGCGCGUUGGCUGGCACCACGCUUCCGCUUGAUAGAGAGUUUGUUGCCAAGGAGCUUGGCUUUGCGGGCGUCUGCACCAAUUCCUUGGAUGCAGUCAGUGAUCGCGACUUCGCCAUCGAGCUCGUCUCGUUGUGCAGCAUUGUCAUGAUGCAUCUCUCCAGACUGAGCGAGGACAUCAUCUUCUGGAUGAGCCAGGAGACUGCAUGGGUCCAGCUUGGGAAUGAAUUCUGUACUGGCAGUUCUCUUAUGCCUCAGAAGAAGAACCCUGAUAUGUGCGAACUCACUCGAGGGAAGACUGCCAGGGUGUUCGGCGACCUCACCACCGUGUUAACCAUCAUGAAGGGUAUCCCGCUCGCGUACAAUCGCGACAUGCAAGAGGACAAAGAGCCAAUCUUUGAUGCUAUCGAUACUGUCAAGCUCGUCUUGGCUGUGUAUGCUCCCAUGAUAGCCACUAUGCGCGUCGACAAGGAACGAAUGUACCAAGCGGCUAGCGACCCAGCUUUGAUGGCCACGGAUCUCGCCGAAUGGCUAGUAGAACAGGGUGUACCAUUUAGGGAUGCGCACCAUCGAGUGCGCGAUUUGGUGACAUACAGCAAAACAAACAGUAUCAGUCUCGACAGGUUAACGCUUGAUCAGAUCAAAAUUUCGGUGCCAGAGGCAAACGAAGAGUGCCUAAACCUGUGGAAACCAGAGCAAAGCGUGGCGAAGAGAAACAUUGUCGGAGGUACAGCCCCGGAGCAGGCUAUAUUCCAGAUAAGGACAAAAUGGGGUCACUUGCUCGAGCAAUAGUGACCGCAAGAGAUUACAGCAUCAACCGACCUGAGUGUGAAACGGAUGCCACGGUAUUUGUUGCCGGUCGAGCUUGAGUUAGCUUGUGACGGUCGUGACGGCAAGGUCAUUAAAUGCGGUUUCGCUAGUGGAUAAUUUUGGAUGAGGGCAUGGCUUCUCCUUGAGCAUCCCCCCUGCGUAUAGUUUCCCGAUGAGCGACUCGCUUCGUCGGCGAGCGACGGUACUAACGCUGGUGACGUAUUUGGAAAACUCGUUUGCGAGGAAUAUGACAGCCUUAAAAUUGAACGUCUUAG